AUGACGACCAAAGUGCCGCAAACACUUGUCAGCAACCACCGUCACACCGAGAUGGCGAUUCAACAAGGCAUCACUCCCAAUCGGCCCUUGAGCACAGGCUUCUGGGAACAGCCGGACAUCUCCUUGUGCGCAUCCUCUCACACGCGCGUCAAGCAUCCCCAAACGCAUUUUCUGUGGCUCAACAGACUCGCAAUAGGCAUGAAAUUCGAUGCCAUCUGGAUAUCUCCUGUUGUGGCACAACUGCCGCAGAUGACGGGUGACGGGGAGGCGUAUACUGCCUACUGGCAGCAGGACUUGUACGCUCUCAAUCCAAAAUUUGGCACCGAGCAGGAUCUUAAGGACCUUAUAGGUGAGGUGCAUGCUAGAGGCAUGCUGCUGAUGCUGGACAUUGUCGUCAAUCAUAUGGGGUAUGCAGGCAUCGGCUGGGCCGAUGUGGAUUACUCCAUCUUCAACCCUUUCAACGACGCAAAGUAUUUCCAUCAAUUUACGCCGAUACAGGAUCCCAAGAAUCAGACGGAGGUCGAGGUAGGCUGGCUAGGCAGCCCAACUGUCUCUCUGGCCGACUUGAAAACAGACGACCCCGAGGUCAGGCAGAUGUACGGUGACUGGAUCGAACAGAUGGUUUCGAACUACAGCAUAGAUGGCUUACGUAUUGACACAUCGAUCAAUGUCGAAGCCGACUUCUUCCCCGGCUUCAUGCAGCGGGCUGGCGUGUUCGGAACAGGCGAAGUAAUGAUGGGCGACGACUCUCUGGCCUGCCGCUGGAGUCGCUCAAUCGGCAGUAUCCUGAACUAUCCAAUCUACUACACACUCACGCGAGCCUUCCAGUCCUGCGAAGGCAGUAUCAACGACCUUGUCGAAACGAUCAACAGCGUUAAGAACAAUUGCCACGAUCCGACUGCCAUGGUCUCUUUCUCCGAGAACCACGACGUGCCCAGAUUCCGGAACUACACCUCAGACAUGGCUCGAGCCAAGAACAUGAUCACUUACACGAUCCUAACAGAUGGUAUCCCAGUCAUCUACCAAGGCCAAGAACAACACAUGAAUGGCGAUAUCAGUCCCUACAUGAAUAGAGCACCACUCUGGGAAGCAGGCUACAACACCACUUUUACCUUAUACCAACACAUCGCCACCCUGAACCAAUUCCGACAACACGUCAUCGGCACAAGCCCAAACUACACGACCUCCCUAAACGAAGUAAUCUACCAAGACCUCCACUCCCUAGCCAUGCGCAAAGGCCCCUCCGGAGACCAGGUAAUCACAGUCCUAAACAACAACGGCAUAACAUCCGCCUACUUCUCCCUCCCAAUCGGGGGCCACGACUUCCCACCCGGCACCCAACUCACCGAAAUCUUGACCUGCGCCACCAUGACAGUCAAUGACACAAGCUUUUUGAACGUCGAGAUGUUCGCGGGGACACCCAAGAUCCUUUACCCCUCGCAUUUACUCCAGAACUCCUCCCUCUGCGGCAAAGGAGUCGAUGGCGGUCCGGAGCCUUUACCUUCGUGCACGACCGUGACGACGAAGGUCCCGACCGCGAUUUCUGGACAUCCGACUGUGGUGCCGACGACGGAGAUCGUGCCUGUUUCUGCUUCUGCUUCGACGACGGAGUCGAGUGGACACCCGAAGCAUAUGCAUAAAGCACUCGGACAGGGACAAGCGCUCUCCCCACCAGGGCACAUAGCCGUCGGCGCCGCUGCUGCGGCUGGUGCUGUAGCGGCCGGGGUGUUACAAGCUGGAUAUUCUGGGGCGGCGGAUAUGUUGCAGGGUGGGCAUUAG